AUGGUCUCCACUAAGGGAUCUACGAAGAAUAGGUCACGAACGAGCGGCAGUGAGGAAUUUAUGGGAGUCGUAACGCGUCGUCGUUCCCGAGCAACUCGCCGGCGUCAACGUAGUGAAGAGACCAACUCGACCGCGGCUAGCCCCGGUAGUCCCGACUUGGAUGAACCUUCAUCGCACGAUGGCAGCAGCGAGGAGUACCAGUACGAAGGCAGCGACGCCAAGACUCUGCACAACCCCAGCAGCAUUUUGUGGUCCCUGGAGGAGAUCAACACCAUCAGAAAAAAGUUCAAGUGUGACUGCAAAGAUUUCUACCAGACGGGCUUCCAGCUCGCAGGCCUCCCGGUAGACCGCGCAAGAAGAGCAAAUGUCUCCAGCGAGAUGCCAGCAAGUGUUAUCAACUGGAGCGUGCUAAUUGACAAGACAGUGGCUGAGGCGGAUGGCGAGGAGUCUCAGCGGACCUAUGUUGGUGGAAAGCGGUUCUGGGAGAUCGCGUACGAGGAUCAAGACGAGGUGACUGUCCUGGUGGUUGAAGCUCUUGCAAGGACGAUCGACUUUUCCUUCCAGAUGGGGCACAAGAUUGUCCCCAACUAG